CCACGGAGAGCGAUAGAAAAAGUCAGUGGUACACGCAGCACAACCCAAAAGUAAAAGAAAGAAAAAGAGCAAACUGUAAGCAUGAUCAAGAAUUUGUUCUUGACAAGCAUCCCGAUCUGAAUUGACUAAAUUGAAAUCACGAUGUAAAUCGCGAUGCUACGAUGAUGAUUCAAAAUGAGGUCUCAUGCAAAUCGCGAUGUUCAUGAGAAGGAACAAAAAUGAAGUUCACUCUAAUCCCGCACUGUAUACUAGUGCGGGAUUAGAGUGAGCUUCAUUUUUGUUCCUUCUCAUGAACAUCGUGAUUUGCAUGAGACCUCAUUUUGAAUCAUCAUCGUAGCAUCGUGAUUUACAUCGUGAUUUCAAUUUAGUCAAUUCAGAUCGGGAUGCUUGUCAAGAACAAAUUCUUGAUCAUGCUUACACAAACAAAGAAACGCAUGGCCAAGUAGCGCAAUCCCAACCUUCAAUCG